AUGAAGACCUACCUGCAGGCUUUCGAUCUGUGGGAGGUGGUCAACUUUGAUGUUGAACCAGAGCCACUUAGAGCCAAUCCAACAGUGGCUCAGAUAAGGCAGCAUGCUGAUGAGAGGACCAAGAGGCACAAGGCUAUGUCCUGCAUACAGAACUCAGUGUCAGAUGUGAUUUUCACAAGGAUUAUGGCCUGUGAAACACCAAAGCAGGCCUGGGAUAAGUUGAAAGAGGAGUUUCAAGGGACAGAGAGGACAAGGCAGCAACAGUUGUUAAAUUUAAUGAGAGAAUUCGAGAACUUGAAGAUGAAGGAAGAAGAAAGUGUCAAGCAAUAUUCUGACAGGAUUAUGGCUAUGGUAAACAGCAUAAGGCUCCUUGGUGAGCAGUUCAGUGAAGCUGGGAUAGUGGAGAAGGUGAUUUCAACAUUACCAGAGAGGUAUGAGGUAAAAAUCUCAUCUCUCGAAGACUUAAGGGACUUGACCAGCAUUCCCUUGACAGAGCUUAUCAAUGCUUUUUAUGCACAAGAGCAGAGAAGAGCUAGCAGACUGGAGGAGCACCAGGAAGGCAUUGCAAGAGGCCUAGUCAUCCAGAAGAAAAAUGUUGGUUCAAUCCAGAUGCUGUAUGCCAGCAUUGCAAAAAGAAGGGUCAUGCUGAAAGAGUCUGCAAAAGCAAGGCCAAAUCAAGCUGUACAGGAGAGGCUCUCAUCUGGUUGGCUUCUAGACAGUGGAUGCACCAAUCACAUGACACCUGAUGCUGCAAUCUUCAAAUCUUUAGACAGAAGCUGCAGAACCAAAAUCAAAAUAGGUAAUGGCCACUUUAUUCAAGCUGAAGGCAAGGGUGAUAAACCUGCUCAGUAUAGCUCAACUGCUGGAGAGAGAGGUUAUUCUGUGAUGUUCAAAGAUAACCAAUGCCAAAUCAGUGAUCCAAGUGGAUCCAAGCUGAUGGCAGUCCCUAUGACUGAUAAGAGCUUUGUAGUUGACUGGACAAUAGAGUCAGACACUGCCUACGCAGCUACAACAGUUGAAUCCAAGCUUUGGCAUUAA